AUGAUUAAGACACUACUGGUUUCUCUCUUGUUGUCAGUGAAUGUUGAUGCACAACCGUCCACUCAUUGCCGAUGCCGUCUUAAUGAUAGCUGUUGGCCCUCACUACAGCAGUGGUCGACCUUGAACGACACCUUGGGCAAUAAGCUGGUGGCAGUACGACCUGUUGCAUCUGUUUGCUCUCCUGGAGAAUUCAAUGCCGCAGCAUGCAAGAAUGUCAGGGAUCUCUGGACAGACUCUGUCUGGCGAUCGUCCCAGCCUGGUGCAGUUCAAUGGGAGAAUUGGGAGGCUUGGCCGCAGCAGAAUCAAUCAUGUUAUAUUGAGACGGCCAAUAUGACAUGUGGACAAGGACGUAUCUCUUUGUAUUCGGCCAAGGUACAGAGUACUUCUGAUAUCCAACAGGUUGUUCGUUUUGCCCAAGACCACAACCUGCGACUCGCCAUAAAGAAUACGGGCCAUGAUUUCCUCGGUCGUUCGACAGCCCCGGAGUCUUUACAGAUCCUCACGCAUGACAUGAAGGAUAUCAAUUUGGUGGAUGACUUUGUCCCAAAUGGAGCACCAAAGAAUAUUAGUGACGGCCCGGCGGUCCAUCUUGCGGCUGGGGUACAAUUGCCCGAAUUGUAUGCCGCAGUUGAGCGCCACAACCGCACUGUUAUUGUUGGGUCAAGCCACAGUGUCGGUGCAGCUGGCGGAUAUAUUCAGGGAGGAGGGCAUUCGCCUUUUGGGGCCUGGAAAGGAUUGGCCUCAGACAAUGCGUUGGAGUUUGAAUUGGUAGUCGCGAACGGAAGCUUGGUGACUGCCAACUUGUAUCAGAACACUGAUCUCUUCUGGGCCUUGCGUGGUGGUGGCGGAGGUACCUUUGGCGUGGUCACCAGAGCCACAAUCAGGACCUUCCCCGAUGUUCCGGUGAUUGCCUAUAAUUUGAACUUUACAACUUCCGCCACCAAUCCCCAGUUCUGGGAUGCUUGGGAGGAAUGGCAUGCCGCCCUCCCCUCCCUCAACGCUGCGGGAGGCUCAGGUUACUACUUCACCAUGCCGAAUCUGCCAUUGAAUGCAAAUAUGAGCGUCUCCAGCAUGUACUCGCUCCUCAUGUUUCCAGAGAAGACCAACGUUACCGAAAUUCAGCUUUUAUAUCUACCACUCAUUUUGAAAUUGCAGAAAAUACCAGGUGUGGCAACUCAAAAGAUGGCAAUUCCUUUGCCAAGUAUCAACUCCACGGUAUUUGGCGUCCUCUUGGGGGGGCCACCACAUGACAGUACAGGAAGCAUUGCUAUGCUCGCAUCACGUCUCUAUUCAAAGGACCUUCUGCUGUCUAAAGAUGGCCCAUCUAGACUAACAAGCGCCUGGAAGAGUAUUGGAUGGGCCCCAGGCUCAAGAAUUGUGGGCCAUGUAGUCGCUGGCGGGGCUGUUGCUGCCAACGGCGAGAAGAUCGACAGCGCUGUGAACCCUGCGUGGAGAAAAACAGUGACGCACUUACUUUUUGGCAGAAGCUGGAGUGCCACUGCAACACCAGCGGAGCAAACGGCCAUCAUAAAAAACAUGACAGAAGUACAGAUUCCCAUCCUGCGGUCUGUCGAGGGAGCGGACCACAUGGGUGCCUAUCUGAACGAGGCAAAUGCAUAUGAGCCAGGAUUUCAAAAAUCAUUCUGGGGUGACAACUAUUCCCGUUUGUACAGCAUCAAGCAGAAGUGGGAUCCCAAUGGGCUGUUCAUUGCUCGCAAAGGAGUGGGCAGCGAGGAUUGGGAUGAUGCGGGCUUGUGUAGAAUCAAGAGCAGUGGCCCUUCAGUCACUGAAGGGCCUCGAGAAUGGCCGUUGGGAUAUUAG